UGCAUCAUGGCGACAAUCCAUGGCUUCACCUACACAUUUGAUUGUAAGCAACGGGGCAAAGCCAGGGAACACGGCUUAUGUCACUUGUGAUCUGAAUUUGUCUUCACAGAUAGCCAUUGGCAUUGCCCCUGGAAAUGAGACUUCAAUAAUUUUUCCCAGACAUGCGAAGACAAUUAUCUGUGUGGGAACGUUUGAUAGCUAUUCGCAUGGUUAUUACGAGGAACAACCUUAUGUUUUGUAUGAUUCAAACAAGGGUAAAGACAAUUGCAAGGGUAAGUGCUUCAUAAGAGUCAAGGAUUUUGGUUUUGAUCGUUGGGAUGAGUAUAAGAAGGUGUGGGAGGCUAUUCUCCCUAUAAUACAUCUUCCCUGAACAUUUCUUGGGUUUCCCCUUGAAAACAUUUGAUAAUGUUGUAUGAUGUUUCUCCAUAGAAACUCACUUAUUACUUUAAUUUUUUUUUAGUCUAUUUUAAUUUGUAUUAGCUAAUUACUUAAGGUACUCAAAGUUCUUUUUACUAUUCUGAAUAAAAAAAACCUCUUGAA